CGUUAAUCUAUAGACACUUAAAACAAAAAAAUUUUAAAAAAAUUAAAUUUCUCAGCAGUCAACCAUUACCAUUUCUUUCUGAUCUAUUCAUGUCCCUAUAUAUGUACUACUUAACCCACAAGUUCUCUAAGCACACAACAUAAAUUUUUAUUAUUGAGGAUAUGGAAGGUUUGGCUUCACUUUCAGUGAAAUCUAUGCUUCCCACUUCUUCUUGUAACAUUGCCAAAACCAAAGACUUUCUUGUUGAUAUAGAGAAGAGAGAGGUCAGAGAAGGAGAGGACAAAAAACAAACUCUGCUUCUUAAACUCACAGAAACCGUAUCAAGAAAUCAGAUUUCAAUAGUAGCACACGGCUAUGUUAAGAGUAUCAUCAGGGAAAUGCUCAAAUUCUAUGAUCAUCUUAUCAGCCUCAAGAAUCUUCGUGGAACAAAACUACUCUGCAGGAUUUCAGUUUUAAUUUCUGUUGAGCCGAGGAACAUAGUGAGAUCAAUAAAAGGCUUGCUCAAUCCAACUCCUCCUGGACUUCCAGGCCAGACAGAUGUUACAAUAAACGAUGAGGUAAGACCGAGUAGUGCAACGACGGCGGCGACGGCGGAGGGUUCCGCUUCCGGGAGGCGUUGGCCCCCUUCGGGAAUUCCGAAAUGCAAGGAUUAUGGCACGAGUUUCAAACGGGCCGAAAACGCGAUGCUAGUCCUGGCAAUGCUGACGGCGGCUGCGACCUUCUCCGCCGCGUGCGCCUUCGCCGGCGUGGUCUCCAAGGACAGUGAGACGGCGGAGAGGGAUUUCUCGAGCCUCGCCGGCCCCUUCGUGCUGUUGAAUUCCGCGGGGUUCGUAGCUUCCGUGGCGGUUAUCAUGUCGGUGUUGAAUCCGCUGCCGCUGAAACCGUGGCCGCAGAUAUCGGUGUGUUCUUGGUUCGGGUCUUACAUGUGUUUGAUGAUGAAGCUGUCGCCGCAUGAAGCUCUGAUUCUGCUCUGUGUCUCUGUUCCAUUGCUUGUGUUGGCGGCUACGGGGAAGUUAUUCAAAUUCUCACAAUGGGUUUAGUCCAUAAAUAUUAUCCUUAUGGAGAUGGAGCUUUGGUGUAUUUUGUCAUGAGUAUGAUUUAUUUAUAGUAUUUCAUGGACUUAUUUGUAUCUUGUAUUUAU